AUGUCUUGUGUCAUGCGCGACGUCUUACCAAGUGAAAUCAAACAUAAAUUCUCCCUGAAUUUUACCGAUAUCUCGUGCCAGAGGAAUCGAAACCAGCAGCAACUACCGGUCUUAGUUCAGCGCCAAGUUUGGACAUCGCUCAGAAGUGUUCAAGGAUGCUCUUUUGCUGGUGAAUGUGAAACUCGUGUCGCCAAAGUGUCUAAGUGUCGCAGUGAAAAUGAUGCUUUAGAGAUUCUGUUUUUGGUAUCAAUCAAAAGCAGCCAAUCGACAUUGAAGGUGACCAUAGACGACACAAGCGAGGCUGUCUUAUUCCAGCUGCAGUAUGUCGUCUCCACAGGGAAGUUUACGAUCAGUGUCGACGGGAUUUACAUGACAGCCAAAAGGUCGUCACUCAAACACCUUUCCACGCAGUUUAAAUGCCCACCUGGUUCUGUUUUAAACAUCAAGAGAGCGGGCUGCGUUGCCUGCCCCGUUGGAACGUUUUAUGACAAGGAAACUCUCAAGUGCAAAGCCUGUGCACCCGGCUCGUACCAAGACCGAGAAGGACAGACCAGUUGUUUGUUUUACAAUGGGCAAGGAAAGAGAAAAUAGCUACUGACUGACUUUUAGUCAGACGACUCUAAU